AUGAGCCCAGUUAUCAAUGGUGCCGCACAACCCAGCUGGUCAGCCACCUGGACGAAGGACGGCAGGAGAAAGGAAAAACACUGGGUGAAGUAUGAUGGGAUUGGACCAGUGGAUGAGUCCGGGAUGCCCAUUGCCUCACGUUCGAGUGUGGACAGCCCCCGAGACUGGUACCGCAGCAUGUUCCAGCAGAUCCAUAGCAAACUCCCCAAACCAGGGCAGGACUGGGACUUGUGCUACAGCUCCAGAGAUACCAGGCCUCCAAGGUCCGUGCAGAAAAGCCAACCUCCGGCCUUGGCGUCAAGCAGCUCUUCCUGCCUUCAGAAUGGUUUGGACUGGAGAAAUUGGGAAGCAGCUGAUGCUAUAGCCAAGGAACCCAGGAGUAUUUAUGAUUAUGAACCCGGGAAAUCGUCCAUCCUUGAGCAUCCUGAUUCACCUAAGAAACCCCCCACAUCGUCGCUAGCGCAACAUCGCACGUCGUCCCCACCGAUUGAGGAGUUACUGGAAAAGGAGCUACAGCAGCUCAGCGAAGAGCUGGACAAGGACAUUAGAGCCAUAGAGAUUCGCCAGCUUGCCCGCAAGGUAAUUAAUGUGAAUCCAUCUCGCUCCUCGGCCGCUUCUUCCUCCUCUGCCGCCCGCCGCAGACCACUGCCUGAGUACCGAGCCUAUCCUUCCACGGGACAAAACCCCCCUACAGCCCAGUGCCACGUGUCUGCCAGCCCAAGGAUGGAGAAAGGGAGUCCUGGCAUUGCUAGGAAUAACUGGAACAGCUCUCCACCAAGGAAUGAUCCUUUGAGGCACGUGGGGAGGAUCCCCUUUCCUGAGGCUUUGGACACGGCCCUGGAUAGUCCCACAAAGAAAGAAGAGAAGAAGAUGAAAGCUGCUCGCCUCAAAUUUGACUUCCAGGCUGAGUCGCCAAAGGAACUGACUCUGCAGAAGGGUGACAUCGUCUACAUCCACAAGGAAAUCGAUAGAAACUGGCUGGAAGGAGAACACCACGGCAGGGUGGGCAUUUUCCCUGCCAACUAUGUGGAGGUUCUUCCUCCAACAGAAAUCCCCAAACCCAUUAAAUCCCCCACCAUCCAAGUCCUGGAGUAUGGAGAGGCUGUGGCUCAGUACAACUUCAAAGGAGGCCUGCAGGUGGAGCUGUCGUUUCGCAAGGGGGAGCGCAUCUGCCUAGUUCGCAGAGUGGACGAGAACUGGUAUGAAGGCCGUAUUUCUGGCACCAGCCGGCAAGGCAUUUUCCCAGCCAACUAUGUGCAGGUGUUGAAGGAGCCGCGAGUGAAGAACUCAGAGGAGUUUCCUCCCUCCCCAAGUCUCCAGGCAGCCCGUUCCGGCUCACCAUCCCAGCUGCAUUCACCCAGCCCGGGCAGCAGGUGGCAGUCCGACACUUCGCCUUCAACCCUGCGAGGUUCCCUGACCACAGAUGUGCCUUCGUCCUCCUCUAGCCAUUCUGGAUUCACUUUCCCCGUGUCCCCCAAGCUAGAACACUCUCAGGCCAUCCCCCACAGACCCCAGAGUACUCCCCGACUUGCCUUAUUCUCUCCCCAAAGCCAGAGUCCAGCAACAGCAUCUACCACCCCACAGCCUGUCUCGCCUUUCCAGAGGCAGGAGACACCACGGCCUGCCGUCUCUACCUUGGCUUCGCAACCAGGAGUGCUGUUCCCACUGCAGAACUCAGCCCUUGAAGCAGCUGCUCCUCGAGCUUCCCAGCCGGGCAGCACCAAGCGCCCCUCCGAAGCCGCCCCAGCCGACAUACAGUGGACUCCAUACAAGGCUCUGUACCAAUACAGACCCCAAAACGAGGAUGAGCUGGAGCUCCAAGAAGGAGAUCGGGUGGACGUCAUGCAGCAGUGUGACGACGGCUGGUUUGUGGGUGUAUCCAGAAGAACACAAAAAUUUGGCACUUUCCCCGGGAAUUAUGUCGCUCCUGUGUGACUGUCC